AUGCGACUCCGUCGACCGCUUCCAGCGUCUGUGCCGCCUCGUAGCAGACGCCCAGCAUCCCCAUGUUACUUGCACGUGUCUGCAACGCCUUGCCUCAUGAUACAGCCAUGUGUGCUGAUGAGACGAGAGACGUCGACGUGGGCGUUGGCAGCCGGUGGACUGCAGCAAAAGUGGAAGGGGCUGAAGCAGCGCACGGCUUGGCGCUACAAGACGCUGAAGGACGACACGACGGCCAUUGUUUUCAGCGACGAGAUGCAGAAAGAAGUGCGGCUGAAGCCUCGGAAUGGACGACUGGACGAUCCUCUGGCUUGUCAUAAUGUGCUGGCAACGGCGUCGACGUCGAGUUUGAAUGGUAUGUUGGGAGCCACGUCGCCUGAGAUGUCGAACCAAUUCUGCAGGACGAUGGUCGGCUUUAUGCUGUAUUCGUGCACACCGUCUGGACGUGCAAAGGUGCUGGAUGUCCUGACGAAGCAGCGACUGGGAGAGAUCACAAUUGCUAACCGAGCACUGGUGAUUCGCGCGAUUCAGCGCUGUUUGUCACUGCCAUUGAUCCGUGACAAAAGCGCGCUGCAUAGUGCGGCGAAGAAUGUGGUUUGUGGCACAUUUGGGUUGGAGUUGUCGGCUCUAAAGGAACAGAUUCACUUGAAUGAAGAGGCUUUCAUUGACACAGCAGGUCAUAUUCAGUUCGGAGCAAGCGUGGAUCUCGAUAAGGGUUCGUGUCGUCGAAGGACGCCUGCUCAAGAAGACCCGCCGCACUCGGGAGACCUCAUUCAGCUCAUUUUUGGAAACAAGAACAUCACCGAAGUCGUGACCAUGAUGCAGCAUAUUGCAGUGGAAAGUCUCAAGGUCAAGGCACACCAGCCGGAUCUGGUCAAGGUGGUCAGUGACAUUGACGACACACUCUUCCCGGGUUGGCUCGAUAAGCGUUAUCCGCUGCAUAUUCCGUACCCAGGUGUCUCGGAACUGUAUGCGCGGCUCUCCCGUGGCCUCGCACAAGAUGCCAAAGGCGAAAGCUUUCGCCCGUCAAUCACCUUCCUCACUGCAAGACCUCGUGGUUGGCUAAGUGUUGGGCGCUAUCUUACAAUGCAGCACUUGAAGAAGCUGGGUGUAUCGAAUGUCACGGUGCUCAACGGGUCCGUAAAGGGGCUCGUGAGCAACGAGAAGAUCGCGGGUCUCAAGAUGGACAACUUUUCUCGCUUUGCAGCUUUGUUUCCAGAGUUCAAGUUUGUCUUUUUCGGUGACUCGGGCCAAGGCGAUGCGUUGUUGGCAUCGCGACUGCUGAAGGAGUGCCCAGAGCAGGUGCUGGGCGCUUUCAUUCACAACGUGAAUCCCCUUUUCGCUCGUGCAGGCGACGGCGGGAUCAAGCGGGUGUACGCUGCUGAAGGUGUUGAGUUUUUUGAGACCUUCACUGGGGCGGCACUUGGAGCGUACAAAAAGGGGUUGAUCUCAGCCAAGGACGUUAGAGCCGUUGCGGACGCCUCUACGAAGGAGCUGGACGAACUUGUUUUUGUUGGACCUGAGGCCGCCACUACGAAAGUCGAGAGACGUCGGGAAUUGCAGCAUGAUAUCGACCUCAUUGACACGCAUUUGCACGUUGAGGAGGCAUAA